GGCAUCACAAAGCUUCUCGUUGACGUGUUUUACGAGGCUAGCGAACGGUUCCUGCGGACAAAAAACGGGCAGCCGCCCGAUCAUUACUGGGCUAAUUGGGACCUAGCAAGCCUAUGCAACAUCCACGCUAUCGGCGUCCUGUCGAAUAAUCGAUCCAUGAUACAUCGUGCUGUCGACUAUUUCAAGACUGCCAACGGUAUGGGGGCCAUUGAGAACGCUAUCUGGAAGAUACAUAAGGAGGAAGGGACAGGUAAGGACUUGGGUCAAAACCAAGAAGCUGGACGAGAUCAAGGCCAUGCGACGCUUGUAUUUGCACAUCUUUCAGUCUUGGCACAGCAGAGCUAUAACCAAGGCGAAGAUCUUUUUGCUCUUCUGGAAAACAGAAUUCUGGCAGGUUCUGAAUACAUGGCCAAGUACAAUCUCGGCCAUGACGUCCCCUAUUCCACAUACACAAAUAAGCACGGCACCAUGACGCAAACCUCUGACUAUGGGAGAGGAAUAGUUCGCCCCAUUGGUGAGCUGCUAUACGGUCACUACAAUGGUGUCAAGAAUCUCGAGGCUCCGUGGACGCGGGCCUACCGAGAUUAUGUCCUGGAGAAUAGCGGCGGUGCUGAGGGCGGCGGAGGAGAUUAUGGUUCCACCAGCGGAGGAUAUGAUCAACUUGGAUUCGGGAUACUCUUGUUCAGACGCAACUGA